AUGCUGCUGUCCGUCUUGUUCCGGCUGCCUGACUCCCUUCGCUCGGUCAGGGACCACUUCCUCUCUGUUUGCCCCACCACACUCAUCGUUGACGUCCUCGAGGAGCGCCUCCUUGCAGCUGAGAAGGGUAUAGUCGCUAUAGGGGCCUCUCGUGGUGACCCUCGUGCCCCCUUCUUUGAGGGGUGCUCCCCUUCCCCCCUAUUGCCCUCUGUUGCCUCUGCUGGUGCUGUCAACCUCGUUGGCACCGAGUCGGUUGGUGCUGCGUCUGCCCCUAGCGGGAGACGCCGCAACGGCAAGGGCAAAGGGGGCAAGGGCGCUGGAGGAGCUGGAGGGUGCGGUGGUGGUGGCGGUGGAGGCGGCGGAGGGGGUGGGGGUGGCGGUGGGAGUGGUGGCGGGGGUGGGGGCUUCGGUGGCAGCGGUGGAGGCGGAGGCGGUGGCGGCGGUGGGAGCGGAGAAGGCGGCGGUGGCGGCGCUGGCGGCAGCGGCGGUGGAGCUGGUCGAGGUGGCUCUGUGCAGCCGGGUGGCUACGGUGGUGGUCAGCGCCAGCAGCAGCAGCACACUCGUAAGACCCCGCCCCCCCAGCAGCUUCGUGAGUGGUACGCUACGCGUCAGCGGGGUGGGGGUGCUGGUCCCUAUGCCUACGUCCUGCGUACCGGCGACCGCACUGGUGAGCCAUGCGGCGACCCGCACACCACCCAGCGCUGCUUUGGCCGCCUGACGAACGCCUGGCAUCUCCAGUUCCCUGACGCCACUGAGAUCCCUCGCUGGGGCGAGCUGCUUAGGUCGGGGGUUGCUAUCUUUGAUCUUGAUUAUGAUGCUAUUCUUGCUGCAAUGUAUGUUGUGUCUACUAGUGAUGAGGGUGACUGUUACCUGUGUGUUCCGCCUGACCCGGGCAUUGAGGCUGCUGCUCUAGGUGCUGGUGAGGCUCCUGUGAAGAAAGGAACGAGAGAAUGA